CAGUGGGGACACGGGUCUAAGGUCGCAUGUCAUCCUGGGGUGAACCGGACUAUACAACUCGUCGCCCAGCGGUUCUGGUGGCCGGAGCUCCGGAGGGACGUGACGGACUUCGUCAGUGCCUGCACCUCCUGCGCCUGCGGCAAGUCCUCACGCCGGCCCCCGGCGGGGUUGCUCCAGCCGUUGCCCGUUCCGCCUCGUCCUUGGUCCCACAUCGCCCUGGACUUCGUGACGGGCCUACCGCCAUCCCGUGGGAGGACCGUCGUCCUCACGAUCGUGGACCGGUUCUCCAAGGCUGCCCAUUUUGUGCCUCUGUCCAGGUUGCCCUCGGCGCUGGAGACCGCCGACCUCCUUAUCCAGCACGUCUUUCGCCUCCACGGUAUUCCACUGGACAUUGUCUCGGACCGUGGGCCCCAGUUCGUAUCCCGCGUCUGGAAGCGGUUCUGCCGGUCCCUCGGGGCCACGGCCAGUCUGACCUCGGGGUACCACCCCCAGUCCAAUGGACAAGCCGAGCGUGCCAACCAGGAUCUGGGGGCAGCCCUCCGCUGUCCCCCUUCAUGGCCGCCUACGGGUACCAGCCGCCGCUGUUCCCGUCCCAGGAGGGGCAGGUGGAGGUCCCCUCUGUGCAGCACCACCUUAAGCGGGCCCAUCGCGUGUGGAAGGAGGCCCGGGCUGCGUUGUCCCGCACGGCGACCAGGAACCAGCGGAUCGCGGAUCGUCGCCGGCGCCCUGCUCCUUCGUACGUGGUGGGACAGAAGGUGUGGCUGGCAACGAGGGAUCUUCGCCUGGCCGGCACGUCUGCGAAACUGGGACCCCGGUUUACUGGACCAUUCGAGGUCGAGGCCGUCAUCAGCCCAGCUGCAGUCAAGCUCCGGCUACCACCCACCAUGAAGGUUCACCCCGUCUUCCACGUCUCCCUACUCAAACCCGUGUCUUCCAGUGACUUGGCUCCUCCUCCCACGCCGCCGCCCCCUCCGCGGGUCGUCGACGGUGACCCGGUGUACACGGUUCGUGCCAUCCUGGACUCUCGGCGCAGGGGAAAGGGGUUCCAGUAUCUGGUCGACUGGGAGGGCUACGGGCCUGAGGAGCGGCAGUGGGUGCCUCGCUCCUGGAUCCUUGAUCCGUCCCUUUUGCGCGACUUCCACACUGCACACCCUUCCAAACCGGGUAGGCCGCCGGGAGGCGUCCAUUGAGGGGGGGGUAC